AUGGGUGAAGGAAUGGCUUGUCUUUCUACUAUCAUAUCAGCCAUAGCAGUUAGGAGAUUGAUAAGGAAGUGCUGUGAGGCUUUCUUAGCACAUGUGGUUCACAUUAGGAAGACUAGCCCGAGUUUACAGGACAUCCCCACUGUGACUAUGAUGAACAAAUAUCCUUCACCACGAAUAGAUGAUCUGUUUGAUCAACUGAAGGGAGCCAAUAUUCACUCCAAGAUAGAUCUCAGAUCAAGCUAUCACCAGCUGAGGGCAAAUAUAGUGGCUGAUGCCUUGAGCAAAAAGUCUAUAAUGGCCUUGAGAGCACUAAAUGUUCACUUGUCUUUGGCACAAGAUGGGGCUAUUUUGGCUGAGUUGCAUGUAAAGCCAAGUUUGGUACAGCAGAUACAAGAAACACAGAAACAGGAUGAAAAGUUGAUGACUAUUAUGGAUAGAGUUAAAGAGGAGAAGGAGACUGAUUUUGAGUUGAAAGGAGAUGGGUGCCUACAUUAUAGAGGUAGAAUAUGUGUACCAGUAGAUGAAGAACUGAAGAAGAAUAUUAUGAAAAAGGUUAAGGCCGAGCACCAGGUUCCAUUAAGGUUGUUGCAACCCAUAUCCAUACCAGAAUGGAAAUGGGAUCGCACAACUAUGGACUUUGUUAUUGGACUGCCAUUGACACAGAAGAAGCAUGAUACCAUCUGGGUGAUUAUAGAUAAAUUGAUAAAGUUAGCUCACUUUCUACCAGUUAUAGCAGACUAUUCACUGGAGAGGUUAACAGAGAUUUAUAUAGCUGAGAUAGUCCGGCUACACGGAGUCCCAACAUCGACCAUGUCACACCUUACCCCUCCGUAA